AUGGCUGCCCGGCCGCAUCUGGUGACGUCUUCUUCUCGGUCGAGCGCUCCUAGUUCGGUUCGUUCCACCCUUCUUUCUGCUUACAUAUCGUGUCGGCCGAAAGGUGCCAGGCGCCACAAUGUCAACACAGUGCUGCAGCGAACACAAACACUGGCAGCGGAAACACGCUCAGCUUUUUGGCGUUUCACGCUGAACAUUGAAAACCGCGCCUCGUUUUCACACACAAAUGGAUUCCCUACUUUCUUUUACUUUCGUUUAUCUGUAUAUUUUUCAUAUUUUAAUGCUAUGUCUCUUAUAUUUCCCCCUGUCAAUCACUUUUCUUUUCGCUCUUUUUUUAUUCUUUCUAGUAAGUCUUCUUAUAUUUACACCGUUUCUUUUCCUUUUCUUCAUACCUUUAUUUAUAUUUUCCGUGUUCUCUUUUUUAUUAUCACCUCUCACUCUUUUCCCUUUAUUUCCUUAUCUUUUUUCUUUUUACUUCUUUUUAUUCUGUUCUUACUCUCUCUCUCUCUCUUUUUAACAGCAUAUCAUUCUUUCUUCCCAUUUCCUCUUCUCUUAUUCAUUACACUUUCUUUAUCCCUCAUUCAUCUCUUCUCUUUCUUCCAUUUUCCAAUUCUGUCCUUCACUAUGAUCUAG